ACCCUUCCGCAGAUCCCUAGCACAAACACAGGAGCCGGAGGAAAUGUAUUCACAUGCUCACAGGAAAUCCAAAUGAUUCAGUAUCAGAUUAUCCUCUAACGUCGCCUUUCGGGUGUAGGAGACGUCUAGCUGUGUUAAAUGUGUUAGGAAAUGAAAACAGAAAGUCUGGCACUAGUCGUCAUAGAAACGAUUCUAUCAAAAGAGCCCCGGUUACUGCCUCUUCCACAACAGCUUAUUUCUGCACGUUAUUUGAUCUAGCGCGCAGGAUGAUGACGCCAUGCUCCUGCGACACGUUCGUGGCUUUACCUCCAUCCUCAGAGGGACAGCGCGUCAUCUUCGGCAAGAACUCAGACAGACCCUGCGAUGAGGUGCAAGAGGUGAUCUACUUCCCCUCCAGAGACUACAGUCUGGGAGAAAAAGUCGAGUGCACGUACAUAGAGAUAGAGCAGGCUGCCCACACUCAUGCUGUAGUGUUGAGUAGACCAGCAUGGCUCUGGGGAGCUGAAAUGGGAGCCAACGAACACCAGGUCUGCAUCGGGAAUGAGGCCGUGUGGGGGAGAGAACGCGCCGACAACGAGGAGGCUUUACUGGGCAUGGAUCUAGUGAGAUUGGCUCUGGAGAGAGCAGACAGCGCAGAGAAGGCUCUGAAUGUGAUAGUGGAACUUCUGGAGAAAUACGGGCAGGGCGGCAACUGCAUGGAGGAUGAAUGCACUUUUACCUACCAUAACAGCUUCCUCAUAUGUGACCGCACUGAGGCCUGGGUGCUGGAGACCUGUGGGCAAUACUGGGCUGCAGAGAGAGUAGAGAAUGGAUAUCGUAAUAUUUCUAAUCAGUACUCCAUUACCACCAAAAUCGACAAGGAGCACCCGAGGAUGCGGGAGUACGCGCGGGAGCAAGGCUGGUGGGAUGGCAAGGUGGCAUUCAGUUUUGCAGAGGUUUACUCCUUUAUGACUACAGCACGCGUAGAGGCCGCUGGAGGCCGCUACUGUGAGGGACGUAGGCUGCUGGAGAAAAGCAAAGGUCACAUCACAGCUGAGACCAUGAUGGAUAUACUGAGAGAUAAAGAGAGUGGCAUUAAUAUGGAAGGCAUGUUCAUGACAACAGGAAGCAUGGUAUCUGUGCUCCCUAAAGACGAAUCGCUGCCUGGGGUUCACUACUUCACUGCAACCCCUGACCCUGAAAGGUCGGUUUUCAAGCCGUUUAUCUUUGUAGCAGACAUAAAGCCACUGAAUCAUACGUGUUCUCCGUGUUUCGGAGAGGACGAUCCGGUGAAGAAGAAACCUCGCUUUCAGAACAAGCCCAACCGUAAACACCCCCUAUUCAAAAAACAUGAGGUGGUGGCUGCUAUAAUCGACAGCACAAGGGAGAAAGGUCAGAGGAUCGUGCAGAAAAUGCUUGAGCUGGAGGGGCAGAAAAUGGCAGAAAUGGAGAAAUACUUAACUACAGGUGUGGACGACUCGACUCUGCUGGUUCAUCUCUUCUCAAAUGCAGUUGAGGAAGAGCUGAGAGUUUACAGUAAAGCCUGAAACAGCCUGGAGAGACUUUUACAUCUUAUUAUAUAAUUAAAACAAUUAAGUGAUGAGGAACGGAAACAAAAAGUAGAAAAUGUAGUCAACUGCACAUAAUUCAAAUGCGCAUAAAUUGCACAUAUUUCAAUAUGUAGCCAUUCCUUUAUGUGUGAAAUUACUCUGGUAAUACAAAUAUAGCAUGAUGACAAUAAAUAAAUAUAGGUAUAAAAAUCUCACAUAGUGAUAUCAGUUUUUCCAGUCAGCAAGAACAGACCAUUAAAAACUAACACAUGCUGUAUGAGUAAUUUUAAAAAGGCACUACAAAGAAUUUUGAUAGUUAAUUCAUCACACACAAAUUUCAGCAAUACUAAUUUGCUUUAUAGAUCAAAGAUAAGGUUUAAGUGGCGGUUACGCUUUUUACCCCCACUAUAAAUUGCAUGCAUAAUUUAUACAAAAAAAAGUGCACUUUGAAAAAAUGGUUUAUUUGAUACCCAAAUUAAAUAUUAGGGAUAUGCAAUGUAAACAUGAAAACAACUGUACCUCUAAUAAAUAAAGCACCAAAAAUACUAUUAGCAGAUAAGCAUGUUUCUUACAGACAGUGUUGCGGUUUUACAUAGCGCUAACGUUAGACAUGCUGAAAUGCUGCUCGAAUCCCUGCAACUAAUGUUUAGGUUUGAUCUUUUAAGAGGGUUAUUUUAACACACAACAAAUUAACAGACCCUCUUCCUCAGCCUUCAUAGGAACAUCACUGAUCACUAAAAACUUAACAAUAUAUGUACUAGUAUGGCACACUCAUACAAUGUGUUAUAUUAGAGUUAUAUAUUAUAGUUGUAUAUUAGAGUUAUGUGGUUGAAUGUGUUUUGAACUCUGAAUAAUGGGAUAAAUGACAAUGUAUGGCAACAUAAUUGAAAUCCUAACCUUUAAAAAGUCAGAAAUAAUAAUGAAUAUUAUAAAUAAAUAAAACAUUUUUCCCCCUGA